AUAUGUCUUAACAUAAUAUUCAACAUUUAGGCCUGGUGGUCAGGUGGUUGUUGGGGUUCUUUUGCUUAACAUACUUGUACGGUCCAUAUUGAUAUCCAUUGGAUUGGUUAGAAAGCGUCAAUCUCCUAAACGGAUUUGUAAGAAGGCAAUGAAGUGAAUUGGAUCAAAUUAUCUAAACAGCGGUCGGCGUGGAUUUGACGUGUGGAUAACUGCUAUCGAACGUAGCCAUUUUUUCGCGGCCGCGGCCGCCCAACAGGUUCUUCGAGGGAGCUAUUCCCAUUAUAUACUUGGAUUCCAGUGAAACGUUCUUCUCAUGAUGCAGCAACAGGAGGCCCACCGUCUAUGGGAAAGAGUCCACGAAGGUCUACAGACCAUUACCGCCGUUUCUACGGCACCGGACUGCAAUCUCUUCUGCUACAGCUUAGAUGGUUUCAGUGACAUUGCCGAACUAUGCGGCGUCAUUGGUGGCGUCCUUUCCGAUGUCUCGCCGUGUUUUUCUGAGGUCAAGUACCGGCAGAUCGCGCUUGACUACAACCGGUUGGUUCACCGGUUACGGACACUGUCCCCGCAUCAUCACGAGAUGAACGCGCUGAUCGAGGAUGAUACGGAGUUCGUUUACGCUGAGAGUAUCCUGCUUGAGGUUGCUGACCAUCUAGUUGUGAUGGAUCAGGAACGCAGGGAGGCGCUGAAGGCGGCGCCUCGAGCAGACGACAAGGACGCGACUGAUGAAAACGCGCAAGCUGACGACACGACCAAGAGGAAUGUGAACAGAGAGGGUGCUGGAAAAGAAAUAGAAGCGGAAGUCAACGAAACACCCCUUGAUGAGGAUGCUACAACUGAAGCAACGCCGGUGGUUGCCGAUGGUGAUCCUGAUAACAAAAUCACAAAUAACAGCGGCGGUGUCAGUGUUGUUGCUGGGAAAGAGAACAGAGUCUAUGCGGAAGAAAAUGGUGCCCCCGUAGAAGAAGAUGCAGAAGACGAGGAUGACGCCAAACGACAGGAGAAUAUGACAACAAAGGAAAAGCUCAUCGAUUCGUACACCAGACACCGCAUCUCUGGAGCAAUCUAUGACAUAAUGGACAAACUCAUUGACUGUGAAGAAGAUGGUAUGUUGGACCUGAUAUACACAGGGACAGGAGGCCAUCGAUUCAAGCUGAUGCAGUUCAUGCAGUACCUUUGCAAGUUGUUGCUGUCCGGAUUGACGGCUCUGUGUGCCGCAGAAGCCUUGCUGAAGAACGAUAGACAAGCUGCGGAGAAAAUGGGAAAGAGUUUCUCGGACUUGUUCGAACAGCUAAAGGACGAGCUACAGAAGCAGCUCAUGAGGUCCACGAAUUGGGAGGUCUUACGCGCAAAUUUGAAGGUUGAUUUAGAGCGGUUGUCAACCGAGAAUAGAGGGAGGCCCCACAAGGAAGUCGCUAGUAGGAUUUAUGAAGGUGUGAGAGAAAAGUAUGACUGGUUGAAUUUUUUCAUCUGCGUCUAUGAUGAUAUCGGUGGGCCAGAAAACCACAGUUUCAAUGGACACUGGGUCCAUGUGUGCCAUAGGAACAACAUGAAUGUCGUCGCAGCCUACGCGGCCAAAGGUAAUUACGAUAGGCUGGCAUACUUAGAGAGGAGGGAGAACAUUGAUAUUUGGUUGACGGCGCUGAACGAAGAGAUCAACUCGAAGGCCAAGACCAAGGCUACAUCUGAGUUGGUGACGGCGAAGGACGCUAAAGACGCGAUCCAGGAGUACCUGAAUGAGGAGGGAGGCUGGCGGUUCGUGCUCUGCACACGGCGGAAGAAGGGCUUGUGGGCUUCGGGUGAUUUGUGGGACAGGGCCGUCUGGCAUAUGGGCAAAAACUUUAGUUUUUGUAUUAUACUGAAGUAGUGAUUCUGGGCAACUUUGUGACACUCGCCAAAGAAAACUUCUGCCAUACGUGUUUUACUCUUUCGCCAUGCAAGCUAGAAAAACUUAGCUUCUUACUGUCAAUGACCGUGUGACCCUUCAACUUGCAUGUAAAUUAAUUCCCCUUUCAAACUUCUUAUUCAAACACAAGAAAGCCUAAGUGGGUUUACACAUGAGCUAAAAGUGUUAUUAAAUGUGUGCUUGGUACUUCUUGAGCCCUUCAAACGCGUCAAGGACAAUUAUGAUUUUGUGUAUUCUCCAUUUCAAUCCAAGUCCAAUCGCCAUGACCGUAUAGGUUGUAUCAAGAUAACAUAAAGACUGUAUUCUUGUGCUGGCCGAAUAAACUUACCUGUAAACCUAUAA